AAACAAUAUGGCGGAAAGAGAUUGAUUUCACAUUCCAUUCGGAAAAUCUUUGAAUACUGAAGUUUCCCUUGAAAUAAGCCUUUUAAAAUCAAUCAUUUUCAUCUCAUCUUGAAUAGUUUGUUUUGUUAUAUCGCAUUUUGAAAUCCACCACAAUGCCAGCAGACCAAAAGCUUUACGGCCUUCCAGGGCCUCAAAACAGUGCUGUCCUCAUGGACAUUAUCUCGAAACUGAAGCAGGACCUCCACCAAAGUCGUUUGGAAAACAGCAAGCUUGUGGAUCAGCUCAACUGCCUCAUAGCUCUUGUGAAAAGAGCCUGGGGUGGUGAACAGUCAGCAAUUAUUCACCUGGCCAACAUUGUUGGAAUGGAAGCGCCAAACUUCAGUGUUUCUGACUUUAACAGAAACACACCAAUACCAGAUAAGACUCGUGCAGUCCAGAACUGGGAACGAUUUGCCGUGAGGUUAUUGGAACGAGAUUACCAAGCAAUACGACAUGAAAUUGCUGAACGACAGAAAUUUCAUAUACAGCGACGAGAGAUGUACAUAGCAGAUGUUCUUGAAGAUCACAAGCAUGAGAUGGGGAAAUUCCAGCUCCACAAGAAAAGCACCCCACAGCUGGAGGAUGUUGACAAGCAGUUUAUUCGUUGCUACAGUGCCAAGACACAGGGGGACAGGCGUGUAAAGUCUGCAGGGCACAGGAGGGGUGGACAGAGGGGUCAGCUGUACAGAGCUGCAGAUAUGAUAGAGCGGGCAGGGGUCACUGUGGAUGACCUUCUGGGUCAAACACAGGGACCGACAGACACUGACCAGGUAUUUAAUGGCCUACACAAGAUGGGUGACAAUGAAAGAUUGCUGUACCGACCCAGGGAACACUUUGAUGACCCAAACAGAUACAAACAGGGCAACCUUUUUGACCCCAAUGUGAUCUUCAGUCCUGAGAUGAUGUGGAACAAGAAGCGACCCUCAAGCGCUUCUGAGUCCAGUAUUGGAGGGGGUUAUGGGGUCAGGACAGGGAGCAGGGCACGAUCAGGUUCUGCAGUUAAGCAGGCCCAACUAAUGUUUCUGACAGAGGAAAAACCCAACAGACCGUUAAAGUACGAAACCACAAGGCCCAUCUCAGGGAAACGUCGCCCAUUAAGCGGUAACCCUGCAACAAGGGGAAGAAUAAAGUCUGCACCAGCCCGUCGAGCCGUUCCUCCAACAGUAGUCCGCAAGGACCUUCAUAGCAAAUCUGCACAUGACUUUGGAGAUGAUGGAUCUACGGAACAGAAUGAUGAGUUGCAAGAUAUUGGUCGUAGAAAUUCUACUGAGUAUAAUAUAAGUGAAAAUGACUUUGAUUUAAGAUCUGAUGGCGUAGAAUCGCAGUCUGAAGUGGUCGAAGAUAAGCCACCAAUGGCUGUUAGGGUUAAGAAGGGCCACCCUAUGGACAAGUUUGUUGAAGAUCUAAGAAUGGUGUCUGAAAUGGAAGAAACAUUUAAGAAAACUGCUCUCCAGUUGCAGAAGAAACUUGGUCUAGAAACAAGUGGAUUUGUGUAGUUAUGUUUCAUGUUACAUAUUUAACAUUUUGUUAUAGAAUAUUAUGUCCAAUACUUAUAGUAAAAAUCAUACCAGUAAUAUAAGGCCGAUUGUUCAGAACUUAUUUAAAUUUACUUUCAAAUUUUUACUGAUAUGGAAGUUAAAUGGAUACACUUCUGAUAUACUGUAUUUCUAAGUUUUGAAACAACUGUUUCAGCUGUACUUGAUUAUAUUUGAAUAUGUGAGCACAUUAUUAAAUAUUUUACAUUUAAAAGUUAAUAAUGAUGUCCCUAAUCACGUUGAUAACUUUAACAUAGUUCUGAACAAUCCAGCCAUUAUUCGACUUGUGUUGGAAAGUGUUGAACAAAAGCCAAAUCAAAUUAUAGAAUUGUACACAAAAAUGGAAAAUAAGGCCUAGUAGCGAAUGGAUUCGCCUACAAAGGUGAAAGUGCUAAAAGACUUUUCAUAAAAUUAUCAUAAACUCAUACUCAUUUUCUGAAUUUUGAAAGUGCCAAAACAAGUUUUUAAGCUGAAUCAUAAAAAAUCAGCUAGUUAAUCUUUACAUGCAAGAUGCAAUUAAAUACUUGUGGUCUAAACGAGUGGUUGGAUCUACAAAGAAUCUUGUUUUCAAAAAAAAUGAAUAUUACGAAAAGGUAUUGUAAUUACAUCCAUGUUGUUGAUGUCAGCAUUGUACGAGAACGUCCACUUAAGCUGUAACGCAAAAACUAUGAAAGGAUUUCAUACAAAACUCAUUUGUUAACAGGGACAAAAUGCAUGUAUGAAGACCAUGUUAUGAUAAAACUGGCUUUGAAACUGGUUGAGUUAUGCCUUUUGAUCGACUUUGAGAGACAGAAGAGCUUUGACUGCAUUUUACCUCAUGAAUGACAGAUAGAAAACGAAAGAGCAUUGAUGGAAGUUAUGCCCCUUGUUCAACCGAUAAAAACGGAAGAGCAUGGCUGAGUUAUGUCCCUCUAUUGCCUGAGAAAAACUAAAGAGCAUUGACUGAGUUACGCCCCUUGUUAAACUAAGAGAAACAGAAGAGCAUUGGCGGAGUUAUGCCCCUUGUUCAAUCGAAAGAAACGGACAAGAAUUGGCGAAGUUUUGCCCCUUUUUCAACUGAGAGAAACGGAAGAGCAUUAGCGAAGUUACGCCCCUUGUUUAAUUAAGAGAAAAAGAGCAUUGGCUGAGUUAUGCCCAUUGUUCAACUGAGAGAAACGGACAGGCAUUGGCGGAGUUAUGCCCCUUGUCCAACUGAGAGGAACAGAAGACCAUUGGCUGAGUUAUUCCCCUUGUUCAACUGAGAGGAACGGAAGAGCAUUGGCGGAGUUAUGCCCUUGUUCAACUGAGAUGAACGGAAGACCAUUGGCUGAGUUAUGCCCCUUGUUCAACUGAGAGAAUCAGAAGAGCAUUGGCGGAGUUACGCCCCUUCUUUAACUGCGAGAAACGGAAAGACAUUGGAGUAUACGUGUGAUGCUCUUUUACAUCUACCAAAAGACCUUCUUAUAUCGGUCUGUCUGGAAUUCAGAGGCGUUCGAUAUCGUGAUUACAAGUCAUAAAAAUACAUUGAUGAUGAUGCAGAAUAUACAGGUAUAUUGAUUGAUCAGUAUCAGGCUGGUACAUCUAUUUACAGUAUAAAUUAUGAAUGGGGAAAUACUUUGUAAUGGUUUUAAUCCUUUAUUAGGAAUUUAUUUAAAGGCCUAGUUUAAGCCUUCUAUAAGUGCCCCCCCCCCCCAAAAAAAAAGGGUACAGUACACAACCUCUGUUUAUUGAUUUUAAUCUACUUGCCUUGAUCCCUCUUAAUGUUAGAUCUCCGAUCUGAUUAUCCUGCGGUGCAGUUUUUCAUAGAAUUUGCCCCUUAAUGGCCCUGAGCCAAUAAACGAAUACAUAGGAAAUUGGCCCCUACUGUGACACCAGUACAAUUAGCAGGAGAUGCACAGCAGGGGAUUAUCAUGCCAAACAUUCUUUAAACUAGGCCUUUAAGGAGCAGUUGCUUUAUCUGUUUAACACUUUAGCUUUUGUUAUUAUUAAAUCUUAUCUCUGUCAAACGUACAAUAUUUUGAAGUUUGUCCUUGUCCUGUUUUAUCUACAUUGUCAUGUCUUAUCUCUGUAAAUUGCUUGAAAUUGGCGAACCAUUGAAAUGCAUUUAUUGUAUUGAAAGAUACUUAGAUUGAAUAUGCUUAUUUUUGUACUUAGUUUUUGAUGCUAUCUUUAGUUAUAAAUUACCAUACUGACAUGUAACUGCUCAUUGGUGUAAACGCUUUUGCGAUUAUGAUUUUACAAACAGGAUAUCCAGGGGCGUAGCCAGGCUUUACUGAAUG